UAUUGUUUAAUAAAGAGUGCUAGAAAUACUACACUUAAGCUAAUAAAAUAGCUAGACUACUGACAUAGCCUGUUGCUAUACGAUUACAGUGCCUCCUGCUGGCAAGCGCCUUACUUUUUCCAUCGGAAAGUCCCAUGAGGUACAUUGGAAAUCCCCGUUUUAGAUAGAGUGUGUAUGUGUGUCAAUAACAAAAGUAGAAACCUCAGCUGCUAGGUCGGUAGUACUCAAAAGUAUUUUUGUUCGAGGCGUUCUCAUGUUCAUGUAGAAACGUUUUUUUUCGUGGAUGUCGUACUCCUAAGAGCGCGGCUUUCUUUCAUGGCGCUCGUUCUUGUCAGUGGGGAGAAAAGCAAACCUGUCUUCGGUUUACAAAAUUGGGACUGCUGCAUUUCUUAAAACUACUAUACAUAGCUUAAUUUCCUUUUUUCCUGCGGAUAAAUUGUUUUUGCUACUUCUGUGGAUUAUUACUUCCGAGAAACAGAAUGUCGGACUAUACAUGUCUUCUGCCAAGCUCUUUGCCUGCCAGUAAUAUGAUCAAAGCUGUGAAGAUAAGGGAUCGAAUUUCGCAGGACAUUGUUAAACCCAGUAACAGACUUAUUCAUUACCUAAGAGGGAUGCAUAAGUGUACAUUGGAGAUGUUCCAAACCAGCCAGUUCAGUUCUCCAUUUCGGGAUUUAAUACAAAAAGCAAUGUUUGACAGAGGUAUGCAAGUGGCGUUGGAAAACCAGAAGGAGCUAAACUGGUGUAGAGAGGUCAAGAAACUGGUUCCAUUAAAGACUGAUGGAGAUGGAAACUGUCUGCUGCAUGCUGUUUCCCAGUACAUGUGGGGAGUUCAAGACACUGACUUAGUCCUAAGGAAACUUCUUCAUAAUGUUAUGAAGGAUACAGAGAUGUGUAACUUCAAACUGCGAUGGCAGCACUCAUGUUUGAGGUCAAAGGAAUUUGUAGAAACUGAACUGCACUAUGAUACAAGGAACUGGGAUGAAGAGUGGGAAAAACUUGUUGAAAUGGCUUCUGCAUCCAAACCUCCUAGUCAUACUGGGCUUCGGUAUGAUUCCCUUGAAGAAGUGCAUGUGUUUGUCCUGAGUAACAUCUUGAGAAGGCCGAUAAUAGUUCUUGCAGAUAAAAUCCUGAGAAGCUUGGAAUCGGGAUCAAGUUUUGCUCCUCUGAAUGUUGGUGGAAUCUAUUUACCUCUUCACUGGCCAAAGGAAGAAUGUUACAGCUUUCCCAUUGUUCUCUGCUAUGAAAGUAAUCAUUUUGCACCACUAGUCAUCUUAAAAGACAGUAGCCCUGAAAUUCGAGCUGUACCGUUGGAAUUCAGAGCAAGUGGAAAAUAUGAAACCAUGAAAGUUCAUUUCUUGCUGCCAAGUGGUGAACCUCCUGUAGAGAAACUCCUUAGACAGUAUCUUUGCCUUAUUGACAUUCCAGUCCACAAUUUUGAAAAUGGUACAACUGACAUCAUAAAAGCUGCAAAAUUGGAUGAAGGAAAUGUGUCAGAGGAUUUGAACUUGGCUCAAGAUUAUGCUCAGUUGGCAGCGCAUGAGUAUAGGCGCUGGCAGGAACACGCGCAGUUCAGAGUCAGAAAGUCUGAGCGAUUUUCCAUAUCUCAGCUUUCUCUUCUGGACAUAAAAUGUGCCACCAGCAACUGUACAUACUAUGCUUCAUCUGCAACAAGACCGUAUUGCCAUGAAUGCUAUAAAGAAAAGCGAAAUGAAAAGUGCGAUAAUAAAAAACAGAGCUCCAGAACGUGGACGUCAGAUGUAAGAACUAGUGGAUCUGUCAAUGGUAGGACACAGUUUUGUUUACCUAGUUAUCAGUCUUCUGAGAUUACGUCUGGGCCUCACUCUGCUCCUCCAACCGCUCCAAGCCUAAGUUUCUUCAGUGAAACUAAUGCUAUGAAGUGCCGAAAUCUGACAUGUCCUUUUACUCUUAAUGUGGAAUACAGUGGACUCUGUGAACACUGUUUUCAGGCAAUGCAGACAGAACACAGGACUACUGUGCAAGAACCACAUGGUGCUAAUAAUUUUCUGCAGCCUGGUUUGGGCAAUCAUUUAUUGCAGGAUUUGACUAGAUGUAAAUUGUGCCAUUGUAUGGCAGCAAAAAUCUGCAAUGGCAUAUGUGGACCUUGCUUAGAAAAAUCAUCAAACCAAAAUGUGUUUCCUCAUAUUAUGCAUCAGAGGUCAUCAUCUGAUCCAGCCCAGUGGACAGGAGUACAUGCCUCACCAGCAUUUCCAUUGUUGCCUUCUGGGCAGCAGGGGGACUUACAAGUCCAAAUUAACCAUACACCUGAAGAAAACAGUGGAGCCAAAAAAUGCAAGAAAAGUGGAUGUUCGUUCUUUGGUACUAAAGAUAAACAUGGAUUCUGCACCUUAUGUUUUUUUGAAUUCUGUGAAAAUAAUGGGGAAAAAACAGCACAAAAUGCAAGACGAACUCAGAAGAGUCCUCAUAAUAUUGGAUGCCCUGCAACCACAGCACCAGCAUUCAAGAACUCAGUUUGUCUUAGCCAGGAAUGCAAUGUGGGAGAUACUUUAUUAGAAGGAUACUGUCAGAGAUGCUUUCUUGAUGCUCAAGACAGGCGGUACUGGGAGGCAAAACGAGCAGGGGACCAGGUGGUUCAGCAGCAAAAUAUAGCAGUUCAGAACAGAGACCUGCAGCGUAAUUCAUCUAAUAAAACAAAGAAAUGCUCAAAAAGUCAUUGUACUAACUUAAUAAAGCCAAGAGAUGAGCUGUGUUCUGAGUGUCGCCACCGAAGUUCACAUAGAGGUUCUCGAGAACAGGCCAUUGAUGAUACUCAGAAGAAGUGCUGCUGGGCACCUGGUUGUGAUCACUAUGGAAAUGUGAAAUGCCAUGGUUACUGCAAUGAAUGCUACCUGUUUAAGCAAAUAUAUGAAAAUCACCCAAGGACUUGAGUAACACAGAAGCUAUAUUUGGAACUAUAAUGCUAGGUAUAACUUAAGGCAAAACACUGUUUAAAAGUAAGCAAUGCAAGUUUAUUUGACUGAAGCCAUUUGACAGCUGUUAAUUUGUAAAUAUUCUAAUGUAAGCACAUAGUAAAAUAAGAGUAUAUAUAUAUUUUUUAUUUAUGAGUGUAAGUUUAAUACAGCAUCAUUUUAAAUUUAUUUCAUUUAAGUUUGUGUUUCUUUCUUGGAACAGCAUACAUUACCUCAUGUUGUACAGGAUAGUACUUUUCCUCAUCACAGGAUUAAUAUUCCAAAUUUAAGAAAAAAAAAAAAAAACAAUGCCGGCUUGUCUUCAUUGUACUCCUGUAAGUCAUGACAUAAUGGCAGAAUGUACAUGAGUAUGAAGCUUUUCAGUGGUUUUGUAAUGUAUUGAAACAAAAAGCAAUCAAGGUUAUCGGAAAUGCUAAAGAUGGUAAUGAAGUACAUUUGUGUUAUCCCAUCUGUCCCCAAAAAGCACAGUUCUCACUUUUUGGUAACAGUUCACUUUACAUUGAAUUGUACCUAGUAAAUAUGAUCAGUUUCCUUUAUUACUAGUUUUAUAUUAGAAAUGUAUUUAGCCCCCUGCUUACAGCUGCGCAUAGCAAAUCUUCCCAGGUGACUUUCUCCAAAACAUAUUUAACAAAUCUGUUGCUUCUGGAUCUGUGAAUUAGAUUACCAGAGUAGCAAACCCUAAAGCACAACAGUUUGGUCAGCACCGUAGCACCAGACUGGAGUUAAUUUGUUCUUGCUUUUAUGCAGCAAAAAUAACAUUGUGGAUGGGGUACCAUAAAUCAUUUACAGUAUAAAGCUGUGAGAAUUUGCCCAAGUUGUAAUGGAACAAUCACCCUCUCCCACAGAAACACCCAAACUUUAAAAGCCAAGAACUGCAUUUGUCUCAAGUUUGCUUUGUUUGAAAGAAGUUUUUUUGUAUAUAUCCAUCCUGCAGGUCGGUUGAAGGCACUGUUAGUUAAUACCCUUAUUCUCCUUUGCCUUAAUUGCAUUUUGUCCUCCUUCCACAUUUCUUUUCAAAUCAUUCUUACAAAGUAAAAUAAAGCUUUAAUUUUCCCUCUUUCAGUGUUCUGCCUCAUUAGUGCUUUUCAGCUUACUUGAUUCAUUUCCUGAAUCCAUCUGUCCACAACCCCUUUUCCCAUUUUUGCACAUGUCGUGUGGGUGCCACUUCAGUAGGGACAGUCAUCUAGAGCCAAGGCUACACUGUCAGGUGGCUAGCCCCACUGUGGUAUUUCUUCCACACCACACAUUCAUACGUAUAUUCACACCUACAGCCAAUUUAGAGUGUUCGGUCCACAUACUGCAUGUCUUUGGAAUGUGGGAGGAAACCA